GAUAUGUCAGAGUCCAUCCAUCCCCACUCCCAUCCUUCUUCAUACUCACUCUCUCCCUCUAUCUCUGUCAACCCAUGGUUUCCUCGCUUGUGCUCACAUGAUGCCGCUAUGCCUGAAAUGGGGUCUUGGCACGGUCGCUGCCUGCUGGGGUCCUGGGGCAUCAACCAUGGCCGAAAACAGUCAAGCGUCCUUUUCUGGCACUAACCCAACCAGGCAAUUUCUUUGUGUGUGCGGCCUGAGACUUGAGGCUUCCCCCGUUCGUUUCCGUCGAGGGAAGAAAAGGGAAAAAAAUGAGGGAAAAAUGAGAGAAAAAAAGUUCCCCGAUCAGUAUGAUGGCUGCUGUUCCGGCCUGAGGUUGCUCAUUCUCCCCCCCCCCCUUCGAGACUAACAAUCGACUCCUUGACGACAGAUUGCCUGUCUAUCUCUAAGCGGGUGGGAAAAAAAAUUCCACGCUUUUCCUAUUUCUCUCUGGGUCUGGGACGCGCCGCUUGAAUGGACCAUCCGUGGCUUUAGCCUCUCCUCUCUCUCUCUCUCUCUCUUCCU